UUCAGAGUUUAAAUAUAGGUUGAUUGAUUGAUUGAUUGGUUGACUGAUUUAAGCAUUGUUUUGUUCUAUAUAUCCAACACAUUUAUUUUUUAAAUAAUUAAAAAUAUUAUUAGAAUUGUAAUUGAUCAGAUAUUACAUAAACAAUGUACGUAGUUUAAAAUAAAAUAGCCUGUACUGGACCAGAAAUAUGAAAAUGCAUAUUUGGUGAGAAUAUAGAGGGUAAUAUUUUUAAAUAAGUACAGCAAACAUCUUUUAACCAAAUAUAGUUGAAACGGAAAGUGGUGCAAACAUGUCUUCAUUAGAUUUACACAACAAGUAAUGAAAAUUAAACCUUUAAUUUAUUAUAAUAAACCAAACCUAUUCAACAGUAUUAAAUAAAACAAUUUAGUUUUAAAAAAGGUUUUACCAAAUAAAUAUAUGUUGUGUUUAUACUGCUGUAACCUGUGUUUUACAGGUCAUGAGUCACAUGACCAUAAUGGGCGGAGCUAUGACACUAUAUGCCAUGCUGCAACAAUGGAGAUGAUGGUCGUAGCUCACACAGGUGAGCUCAGAGUGAAUCAGCUCAGCAGAGGUUAACAGGACAGAUGGAGUGAGUUGGAGUGAGAUGGAGGGUGUUGGAGUGAGUUAUCCUGAGAAAGUUCAGCAGACGUCAGGCUCAGCAUUAGAAAGUUUCAGACUUAACCAGAGACGAGGUUUCGUCCAAUCAAGCUGUAGAAACAUCUCAGAAACCGCUGAGAGACCAGACGCACCAGAGAUCAAAGAGUGACAUCGACUGUUUCAUCACUGGGGGAGGAGCUAAAAAAAUCAUAACAGAGAGAGAGAUACAGAGAGAGAGAGAGAUGUACAGAGAGAGGGGGAUGGAGAGAGAGAGAGAGAAUACAGAGAGAGGGGGAGGGAAAGAGAGAAACAGAAAGAAAGAAAGAGGGGGUAGGGAGAGAGAGUGAUGUAGGCUGAAGAAAGAGCUGUUUCUCAGAGAAGAGAGAUAGAAAGAGAGAGAGAGAAGGAGAGGGAGAGAUACAGAAUACAGAGAGAGAGAGGGAGGAGAGAGAGAGACUGGAGAAAGAGCUGUUGGAGAAGAGAGAUACAGAGAGAGGUAGAAUAGAGAGGUAGAGGAGAGAGAGAUGGAUGAAGAGGAGCAGGGGGGAGAAGUGUGUGGAUUCUACAACGAGGAUUUAACUCACAAGACGAUUCUGGUGGGGGACAGCGGCGUGGGGAAAACGUCUCUGCUGGUUCAGUUUGAUCAGGGAAAAUUUAUCCCCGGCUCUUUCUCCGCCACCGUCGGCAUCGGCUUCACGAAUAAAGUGGUGACUGUUGGGGAUGUGAAGGUUAAAUUACAGAUUUGGGACACGGCGGGUCAGGAGAGAUUCCGCAGUGUUACUCACGCUUACUACCGAGACGCUCACGCUCUCCUGUUGCUGUAUGACAUCACCAGCAAGACCUCAUUCGACAACAUCAGAGCGUGGCUUACUGAGAUCCACGAGUACGCUCAGAGUGAUGUGGUGAUCAUGUUGCUUGGUAACAAGGCUGAUAUGAGCGGUGGGCGGGUGAUUAAGCGUGAGGAUGGAGAGAGGCUUGCCAGGGAGCACGGCGUGAUAUUCAUGGAAACCAGCGCUAAAACUGGAAUUAAUGUGGAUUUAGCUUUUAUGACGGUGGCAAAGGAGCUGAUUGGUCGAUCUGUUGAACCGCCCACAGAUCCUAAAUUUCAGAUCCACGAGAUGACGGAGACGAAGACACGCGAGACGAGCUGCUGCGGCCUUACGUAGGAUCUAUAAGACCUGUAGGAUCUAUAGAACCUGUAGGAUCUAUAAGACCUGUAGGAUCUAUAAGACCUGUAGGAU